CCUCUCGGUUCCAAACAAGCUUGCAGAGAUUUUUCAGCGGGGAGAAAAGGGUUUAUCAAGCAAAUUCUGUUUUGGUGCGAGGAUGCCAUUCCUGAAAGCAGCUCGAAGGACUCCGACACGUUCAGCCGUGCUGGAAAAUAAAUCAAACAAAUGCGGAAAACAUGCUUCUGUUUUCUCUGCCAACGGAGACGAAUAUACCGGAGAGUGGCUCAACAACAACAAGCACGGGAGAGGAAUUCAGGUGUGGAAGAAGUCCGGGGCCAUUUACAACGGCGAGUGGAAGAUGGGAAAACGUGACGGAUACGGCACAUAUAGUGUACUUCUACCUAACACGAAGACGUACGCAAAGAAGUACUGUGGUGAAUGGAAAAAUGGGAAAAAACAUGGUCACGGGAUAUACUUUUACAACAGUUGUUCAGCGUAUGAGGGUCAGUGGAGCGAGGACCAGCGUAGUGGUUUUGGACGAAUGCUCUUUGAAAACGCAGAUGUCUACGAGGGAGAGUGGAUGAAGGAUAACGAGCAUGGUCUCGGUCUCCGUCGCUAUGCAAACGGGAACUGGUAUGAAGGUUCCUGGAGAGACGGCAAGAAAUGGGGGAAUGGAAACUUUUACUAUCGUGACAAAGGGCAGCUGUACGAGGGCCUCUGGGUGCGAGGGGAACCCAAAUGCGGAACCCUGGAGGACUGUGGGGGAGACCGCGAACGCUGUCCAAUUCCACUGGUAAUGCUAGUGGAUGUGCAGAUGGUUCUACAAGAAGCCCAGCUGGUUCACCUUGAUUGAUGAAGUCUACUCAUUUGUAUGUCUUCUCGUCUAGUGAUAAUUAUAAAAGCCACCGAAGCCAC